AUCGGUUUCCGGUUUACUUCGUCUUCAUCCGCAUCCGCUAUAAACAAACAAGAUGAGUGCUGCUGUUGUACGAAAAAAAAGAUAUAAUGUGCGUGACGCAUCUAAGUUUCUAAGAGCUGUAGGUGGAUCUAAGGAGCACUGCUGUGUGCCACUUUGCUCUGCUUCAAGUCGAUAUAACACCCAUUUGAGCUUCCACUGUUUCCCGAAAGACACCAACCUUCGUGCGCAGUGGCUGCACAAAAUAAGGAGGGCACGAUUUACGGUGACCCCCCACACUAAGGUAUGCAGUCGACAUUUUCACGAGAAUGACAUCCACACUACUGCUAGGGGUAGACGGGUUUUAGCAGUAGGCUGUGUCCCGUCGUUAUUUGAGUGGAAUAACUACACUAAGGUGUCACGGGCCGGUGUUUGGGAGCGCCGAUCUCGACCACCGAGUCCAGAACCGGACAUGCCGGGGCCUGAUGAAGACAUCGAGCAACCAGUCAUGGUCCCGAUGGUUGUGGACCACGACUACGGGGCCAGUCGUACUGUAUGUGUGGACCGGGAGCGAUAUGAAGAUGCGUUGAGGGAAAUCGAGACGCUCAGAGAACAGCUUCAAACAUUUCAUCUUCAACACUCCUUUGGACUUAAACGGUUUGCCUCGUCUCCUGAAGACAUUAGAUUUUACACCAGAUUCCCCUCAUACGAGCAUCUGAUGGCGUUCUGGCACCUGAUCGAGGCAGCAACAGCAAAAAUGGUUAGGGUCACCAGGGCAAAUAAAAACUAUGCCACUACCACAACAACUGAAAGCCCUUUAACCAGACCAACUAAACUGCUGCCGAUAGAUGAGCUAUUCCUUUUUCUCACAUACCUGUCCACUGGCUGUACCCAGAGGGAGUUGGGUCAUAGAUUCAGUAUCCACAGAGCAACAGUCAGCCGAAUCAUUGUGACCUGGGCCAACUUCCUCUACUGCUUACUGGGCUCGGUUUGCAUAUGGAUGUCUCCUGCAGCUGUGAAGGCUAGUCUUCCACACGACUUUGAUGGCAGCUACAGCAAUACACAAGUAGUGCUUGAUUGUACAGAGCUACGGUGUCAAACACCUUCAUCCCUUCUCCUUCAGAGUGAAGUUUUUUCCAACUACAAGUCCCACUGCACCUUUAAGGCUAUGGUGGGCAUGUCCCCUCACGGAGCCCUGACUUUCGUGUCAGCACUCUUUGAGGGUUCCAUGAGUGACAGGGAGGUGUUUCGUCAGUCAGGGAUUACAUCACUCUUAACACCUGACAUGGCCAUUAUGGUGGACAAAGGAUUCUUGGUUGAAGGCCUUGUACCUGGGCCUGUUCAUCGUCCUGCCUUCCUCUCCAAGAGGGCCCAAAUGUCACAGGGGGAGGUUCUGAAGACCCAGUCCAUUGCCCGUUUGAGGGUGCACAUUGAAAGGUUAAUUAGAAGAGUAAAAGAGAAUAAACUGUUUGAUACCACCAUCCCUCUCUCCAUUGCAGGGAGCAUUAACCAAAUCUUCACAGUCGCUUGUCUCCUUUCAAACUACCAAAAUGGACCUCUGGUCAAGGAAUGGAGAUUAUGA